GGGCGGUGCGCAGGGGGAGGCCGGGGCAUGGCGGGUGGCGCGGAGCUGUCGUGGCGCCGCGGGCGGCGGGGCUGGUCCCCGGCCCGCAAGCGGCUCAGGCCGCUGCGGACUGUGGUGGCGUGGAGGGGCAGGGCGGAGUGGGACCAGGUGAUGGUGGGGCUGUACUGCGGGGACAGCCGGCUGCAGCAGGAGGCGCUGGACCGGGUCUCGGCCUGGAAGAGUCGGUAUGGUCCCAAAAUGCCUCUCGCAGUGGAUUGCACCGCUGAACUGAUCCGUUGUAAGGUCCUGGAUUCAUCUGGCAGGUUGAAGUCGCAUGAGCUCAUCCUCUCUUAUGGGCUGGCUCUUGUAAGGUUUGUCAACUUGAUCACAGAAAGGAAACAGAAGAUGGUCAGCAUUCCUCUGAGGCAAUUAGCAAGAGAGGUGGAUAUCCCUAUCUGGGUUGUGGACCUUCGUCACGAGCUGACCCACGGGAAGCUGCCACGUCUGGCUCUGUGCCGCAAGGGUUGUGAUGUUGUACUGGACUGGCUGCGAAAGACCUAUUGGAGCCGUCAGCUGGGCAAUAACUUGUGUGAAGAAAGUGAGGAUGAAGAUGAGGAGCAGGAAGAAGUGGAAGAAAAUGCAGAGUUGGACAAUGAUGAAUGGGAGAUUCAAACCCCACAGCACGAGGCCUGCCAGAAACACAAGGAAUUCCAUGAGAAAGUCAGAGAUGUGCUGAUGUCCUACAAGAAUGAGCAGCUUCGGGUUAUGCAGACUGCACAGUCUGUUUCAAAGAAUCGAGAACUGUGGUCUGAUACCUCUUCAGAAGUGGACUGGAUUUUGGCUCAGAUCAAAGACCUGAUGCAAGAGAACAGGGAGACAGUGGCUGAAGCUCUUCUCAGUGAUGGCUUUCUCAUCCCAAAGAUGGAUUGUCUGAAGAUGCUAAAUAUCAAGUACGAAGGAAAUAAAGAGUUAUGGCAAUUCAAAAUUCCUCAGACGUUUUACUGCUUUUGGCAGCCUUUGCUGACAGGCCUCCUUUCCCGAAGUUUUACACAGAUCCUAAUAGAGAAAAUGUUUAUGGAGCUGAAGGAAUGUUCUGACUCUUCAGAACUCCGGCCUCAGUUCUUAAUCAGCUGGAUUUCUGAGAUGCUGACUGGCAUUGCCAAAGUCAACGCUGGGAAGAAAAGACAGCACUGUAACAAACAGGUGCCAGUGAAGGAGCUGUUCCUUCAUAAAGUUCCUUUGCAAUGGAUAAGACUGACUGACAAUUGCUUGGAAGCUCCCUGCUGGGCAACCCCACACCUUCUUCAGCUGAUCCUCACAAUCAUGAGACCUCGCUUGCCACGUUCUUCACGGAAGAACCUUCUCUAUCUUGCUUCCAUUUACACAGAAGGAGGUGGCCCUUUGUCCAGCCCAGGCCUCUCUUCAGACAGCAGUGAACAGCCAAUUUACACUAUAGAGAGCUUACAGUGGAAGACGAGGCAAGAAAAUCAGGUUAAAAAUCAAGGGCAGACUGUAGAGAAACAAGAUGAUGUGCUGGAGAGAGACAACAGCGUAGAGGAGGUGGAGGAGGAGGAAGAAGAGAUGGUAACUGAAACAAAUCCUUUGGAAGGACUUGCUCAUUCUGGUAACAUGGUGGCUAUUGCUGAGAAAAGGGCAGCACUGCAAGGAUCUGCUUGGCAGAUCACUGCAGAUGAAGUUCGAUGGCAAGACUUUCCUCUUGGGAAACUCCCAGGUCAGACAGACGACCCCGAUGGUCUCAUGUUGGAUAAUUAUUCCAUGAUGUCCCUGCUUGACCAGCCACUGAGAGAUGAGUGGAAGUCUCCCAAUACAAACUCUGCAGAACUGAAUAUUCCUGUGACAGGAGGAUUGUUGUGGACUCAGAGUGACUUCCAUAAAAUAAAAAGCGGCCUUCAGCUCUUCUGAGGCAGCAGCGUGCUCUGUGGCUUCCAGUAUUGCACAAGACAAGUGGCACGGGAGAACUGGUGAUGGUGGUGGGGAAAUAGCCACUCCAAGAGGGGUUUUUUUGGUUUUUUAACUGAUAUUUACUGUGUAAAAUGAGUAUUUCGUAAAGGUGGCGUUUUAAGUUCCACAUGUAGUAACCAUUGUCUUGCUUAACCACUGUCAUGAACUGUUAGCUCUAGUUGAUGUUUGCCAAAUACAGUUAUAAUACUUCAGAAUCCCUCGGUGUUCCCUACUGUUUUUCAUGGUUAAUAAAUGCAGCCACCUGAAGGCAAAACUUCCUGCUGGAUCCUGUUUUCCCUUUUUCACUCAGGUAUUCUGCAGAGUGUCCUCUGGGCCUCAUUAGCCACACUGCUGAGCCCUUCUUCCUUCAGUGAUGCUGAUACUGUCCUGGAUGAGUUUGCAUGAUUUUGCCAGGGUAAGACUGUGCUCCAGCUUUCAUCUAGCCAGGAUUUCCCAUGAAGCUUCAGGGAUCAGGUCAAACCGUGGCGUGGUUGGAUGCACACCAGUGCUUAAGUACCUUUCAAUUACUUUUCCUCACCCUUUUUUUCCAGUGACAGUCUCGAGGCCUCUUUUUAAUGACAGUUUCUGCUUGAUGUUAUUUCUGGUCACGAUGUUGUCGAGGUUGGUAACUAAUCCUGUGGUCUUUGCUGAGAGCUGCCGUGAGCACUGCAGGGAUGGACUCGAGCGCCGUGUUGGAAAGGUGUUCAGAAAAAGGACUUCCAGCUGGUUUUUCUUUACCUGUAUUAAAGGUCUUGGAACUUGGAGGUAUCUGUAAUUACCUGUCCAGAAAAUUGGAGUUUUAAGCAUGUGUAUAUUGCAGGAGUCCUCGGUAGGAAUUUGUUGGAGCUGGAGGGUGCUCAGAGCCUUUCUCUGAGCUGGUCUAAUAAGCUGCAAUAUUUACAGACUAAAUAGGAACAUGUCAGUGCAGGCUGUGAUGGGGAAUCCUCUAGUUCCUUAGAGCUGUUACUGACAUUAUGGGAUGUUCUAUAGAAAGAGAUUCACAGAGGGGGACACUGCUUCAGCAGUACAUUGGGAAGGGUUGAAAUGCAAGUUUAGAGCAGCAGCUUCACUGAUACUUGGGGCUGGCUCUCAAAGAGGUAGUUAAAUGUCUGUAAUGUGUUAUUUCUCUGUUCUAAUUUAGUGUCGUCCUGUUCUACUGCAGUUCCUCUUUGCCAGACAUCUGAAGGUUGUUGAAAGUGAAAGGUACCUGGUACAUUUCCUUCGCUAAAAACGAGCAGUGUGAUGCUAAAGAAACCAAACUUUGUCUUAGGAGAGAUUUUUCAUGUAUCCCUCUCCCUUUCUUGUAUUUUGGGAGGUUUCUCCUGUUACCCAGCAGUUCCUCACGCUUAUUUAGGACAUUUUGAGUGAAGAGGAUUUUUUUCUUUUAUUACUGUAUUUGGCACAGCAUGAAAUUACUUAAAUUACUCUAUUUCGUACUUCUGAGGUCUGUCAGUGCAAACAUAACAGUUCACAAAGGAAAGGCUGCUGCUGGCAAACACUGUGCUACAUAGCGUUUUUUCCCCUUGGUAGAAGUUUACUUGGUAACAUUUGUUUUCAGCACAUAAAUACUUCCUUUUCUAGAAGCACAUUCGGAGUGGUGGUAGGAAAGGCAACGGUGGUGUAUUCCCAAAUUACUUCAUUUUUCCUUUGCAUUGGGCAGCACUUCUGGAGGCUGCUUUUUCCCUGUAACUCGGUCUCUCCAGACAGAUUUUUACUGUCUGAGAAAUAGCACCUCCAAAGGGAAGCCGUAGAAGGGAUUGGAGAUCAAAGCUGGGGCUAUAUGGAAUAAAUCACACAAAUAGGGAUUGCUGAGGAAGUUGAGGCCUGGGCCUGCUGCUUUUGUGGCCUGUGAUCCCUGUUUUGGCUUUCGGACUUUCUGAAUUUCUUUUCAAUGGAAGCAGUUGGAGAGAGUAGUGGAACCUUAUUCUGGGAAUGUGUUCCUGGCUGUUCAAGUGUUCUGUUUUCUCAUUCCCAAAGGCAGCUGCUCUGACAAGGACUUCAGCUCUAGCCAGGGGUUACAGUGUUGGGGAGAAACCUGGAACAGUAAGAAUAUCCUGUAGAAUCUAAUCAGCACUUCAUAUACAUGAGGAUGUAGAUUGAGCAAAGGGCUUGGGAUUAGGAAAAAACAACUUGGUGAUAUUGUAUUGGUUCUGUUUGGGUUUGUGCUGUCUCUGAACCUGGUUCCUGGCCAUUGUGAGCGCAAACAUGGUGAGGGUGAGAAAAGUUCAGGCAAAUCCAGAUGGAAAUGAACUUUGUGUAUCAUUUUCCUUCUGUUAGGUUUACUUCCUUCCCCCCCACCCAAGAAGUUAAAGCACUUUGAGUCCAAGCAAUGGUAAUAAAUGAAACUGGAUCAUGUCCUCCAGAGGAAGGGAAAUGAUUAAGUGUUUAAAUAGCAAAAGAAAAAGUGUGUAAUGGGGAGGCUGAUAAAGGACGUUACUGUGACAACACAGCAGGACCUAAAUAGUACUUUUUUUUUCUGCUUUUUAAAGAAAAGUAAAACUUUAGCUCUGUUCCUUCACAGAUUUCAGCACAGAUGGAAAAUCUGAGCAUUAUGUAUGAUUUCAGAAUCUGGGUAUUUUUCAGUAAAUCAGCUAAAACUAUUGAGAAAUAAUUUGGACAGACCAGAGCAGUUGUUUCGGAUAGAACAGCUUUUGGGGCUCUCCCCUAAAGAGGGUUACAAAAUAAAAAGCU